AUGGAGAACGUGAGUUGGGCCUCGUUGUUGGGAAAUCUGAGCUGUGGCCAAGUAGAGGGUGUCUGCAGCACCCUGGUGGAGGAGGGACCUAUCUCGGGCUGGGAGCUGGACGUCGCUUCGGGGCCUCGCGCGAAGUCUCUGAGCUUCUUGUGUCAUCAAGCGGAUGGUGACGAGGAGGAAAUUCCUUGGGCGGACGAAGUCUUUGCUGAAGAGCAGAAGCCCCUGCUGCAGAAGCUGCAUCAGGCCGGCUGCGUCAAGCUGCAGCGCUUCGACGCCUACGUGAAGCGCGUGGUGACGCCCUUCAGUCGUCCCACACCCGAGGCGCGAGCCUUUCUGGGAGAAGAAAUGCCUAAAAAUGUGGAACUGGUCAUGACCUGUGAUCCAGUGGUCUGCGGAGUGGUGGUGCCCUCGGAUGAGGCCAUCGUUCGGGCAGAGGUGGAAGGUGUUCCCUUCGAAAUCGUCGCUCGAAUUCCCUUUUCCGCCAAGCCUGGGCAGAUCAUUCAGUUGAACCUGGGCGCGCCAUCGGAGUACUUCGUGGAAGUACCGCCAGGUUUUCACGGUGGUGAUCUCAUCCCAUACUGGGACUGCGACGGCCGAAGGCUGGAGUUGAAAGUGCCGGUCGGUCUCUCUCCGGGCGACCGCUUCCAGUCUCCGGCGCCGUGCUCGGUGACGCUGAAGGCGCCCCAGGAUCCCAAGCGCUGCGCGCAGCCGCUGGCGUUCAUGGGAACGAGAGACUGGCAGGGCUACUGGCUCGUGGUGGGGCCUCUGCCGGGAAUUUUCCCGGGGGAGUGCGUUCCCGUCAAGCUUCCGCCCGGAGACACUGUGACGCUGUGA